AUGAAUAAUAUAGGCAUAUUUCUAUUAAUAAUUGUAAAAAUUUAGGCAUUUUACAGUGAUGAAGAUGUAGUAGAUUGUAAUACUAAUUUAAGCGAUUAAGAACUUUCUUAAGAAAUAAAAUUGUUAAUUCUUGAUCAAUACUUUUUUCUAAUAAUUCGUAUAUGAAUAUAAUUAUUAUUAGCGAUUUUUGCCUUUUGCUUAACAGUUAUUAUAAUGUGGAGUUUUGUUAUAUAUCCAAAGACUUGGAAAAUGCCUGGUGAUAUAAUUUUUUUUAUAUCAUUUUGUGAAGCUCUUUUAUGUGUACAUUGGUUUAGUACAAGCAUUUACUUUAUGAUAAAUUAAAUUAGCCCUCAAAGUGAUGGUUUAUUUUGUUAAAUUAAUUCAAUGAUAAGUAUUUUUGCAGGAACAGGUGAAAUUACAUAUAAUUUAAUUUUCUGUCUUUAUGUUCGAAUAACUUUGAAAGAAUAAUUUGCAGCUAGAAAAAAACUUCGAAUAAUACUUCAUUCAAUUGCAUGGUUUAUUAUGAUUUUAGUAACUUUGACUGCAAAACUAUUUAAUUAUAAUGGAUUAUCAUUAUUUGGAACAUGUAGUCUAAAAUAUAAUCCUGGCUUUAAUAUUGGAGGAUUAGUAUUAGUCUUUUUAAACACUUUUAUAUCAAUUAUGACAAUAAUUUAUAUAUAAAAGGCUGUACCUGAAAAUUAAAGAUAUUUGAAUUUAAUAGGAAAAUUAACUAGAUAUUAUUCUUCAUACAUAACUGCUUAGUUUUUUAUAUAACUUAUACAAGCAUUAAGUUAUAUCUUAGUUGGAUUUAAUUGUACUAAAUUUCAUGAAGGUUGGUUAUUGAUAUUUAUUACAAUUGAAAAUUCAGCUAAAUUAUGCACUCCAUUUGUGUUAUCUAUUUUAAGACUUAAAGAUCCUACAAUAAAAAGAUAAAUCUUAGGAUUUUGGAAAAAAAUAUCUUCUAAAUAAACAGCAAGCAGUUCUUCUUGUAUUUAUAUAUAUCAUUUAUUAUUAAUAGUACUUGAAGAAAUAAAUUUAGAGGUUAUCACCUAAAGUUUGUUAAUUGAUAAAAUUAAUACAAUUAUUUAUAGCAUAUAAUAAAUAUUUUAAUAGGAUAAUUUUACAAAAAAGAAAUCUAAAUUAAAUCAAAAAAAAAAAAAUUAAGUUAAUUUUUAAAGUUAAGACAAUGACUUAUGUAAAUUAGAAUUCAAAUAUAAAAUAACUUAAUAGUAAAUUAAUGAAGAAACUCAUUUUGUUAUUCCACCAGAGUAAGAUUUAGAUGUUGAACUAAGAUUAUUGGCUUCUACAAUAACUAUUUAUGCUCCAAAAGUGUUUUUUAAAUUAAGAAAAAAAGAUUGGUAAGUUAAUAAUUAUACUAAAUCUUUUGAUCCAAUAAAAAAUUAAGAUUAAAUUAAUUCUUUUAAAGAACAAGAUGGUGGUAAGAGUGGUGCAUUUAUCUUAUUUACAUUUGAUAAUAAAUUAUUAAUUAAAACUAUUAAUGAAUAAGAACUAUUAGUUAUACGUUAAAAUUUAGGAAGCUAUUUCUUACAUUUAUAUGAAAAUGAUUCUUUAAUCUCACCAAUAUAUGGUAUAUUUAAAUUUGAAUUAUAAAAUGUAAUCAAUUUUUAAAUAUUUAUUUUUUAGGGUCUAGAAUCUAAAAUAUUUAUUGUUAUGAGAAAUGCAUUAUAAAUUCCAUCAAAUUAUGUAAUUAGAACCUAUGAUCUUAAAGGAUCUGAAUAUUAAAGAAAAGUCUUGAAAUCAGAUGAUUGUAAAAGGGAUUUAAAAAAAACAACUCUUAAAGAUAUUGAUUUUAAAGAAGAGGAAGUCAAAUUAUAUAUUCCUGAAAAUAUUAAAGAUUAAUUGAAAAAUAGCUUAAUUAAAGAUUCAGAAUUCUUUUAAAAAUUGAAUAUAAUGGAUUAUUCAUUACUUAUUAUUAAAAUGAAUUGGUCAUUUUACUCUAAAGAUGAAAAAGAUGUAAAAUCUUUUUAUCUAUUUUAAGAUUCCAAGUUUUUUUAAUUCCAAAUUAAGUUGUAUACCAUCUGUAAAAGAAAAAGGAAUUUAUUAUCAUAUUGCUAUUAUUGAUUAUUUAUAAAUUUGGAAUGCUGAGAAAAAGAUAGAAUAAGUCACUAAACUAGCAAUUAAUGUUAAUAAAGAUUUAGAUAUUUCAGCUAAAAAUCCCUAAGAAUACACUAAAAGAUUUAUUGAAAAAUUAGUGUAGAAUAUUAUUUGA